AUGCAAUUGGGAGCCUCAGGAAAUGUUUCGCUUGUGACUACAUUUGUUCUACUGAGCCUAACAGAUUCUCCAGCCCUACAACCUAUCCUCUUUGUUAUUUUUCUUCUAGCUUAUGUAGCUACUAUUGGUGGCAACUUCAGCAUCCUUGCUGCCAUUCUUCUUGAACCCAAACUCCACACCCCCAUGUACUUCUUCCUGGGGAACUUGUCCCUGCUGGAUGUUGGGUGCAUCACUGUCACAGUCCCUGCCAUGUUGCAGCAAUUCCUAUUCAAUGAUAGAAGCAUCUCCUAUAGAUCUUGCCUCUCACAGCUCUUCUUCUUUCACUUCUUGGCUGGAGCAGAUUGCUUCCUGUUGACUGUCAUGGCCUAUGACCGCUACCUGGCCAUCUGCCACCCCCUCACCUACAGCACACAUAUGAGCUGGGGAAUUCAGAAAUCCCUGGUGGGCAUGUCAUGUACCUGUGCCCUCACAAAUGCACUGGCCCAUACUAUUGCUUUGUCCACCCUGAAAUUCUGUGGCCCCAAUGUGAUCAAUCACUUCUACUGUGACCUUCCUCAGCUCUUCCAGCUCUCCUGCUCCAGCACCCAACUUAAUGAGCAGUUGCUCUUUAUAGCCGCAGCAUUUAUGGCUGUGACACCGUUAGUACUUAUCACAGUGUCCUAUGCCCAUGUGGUAGCUGCAGUCCUGAGGAUCCGCUCCGCUGAAGGCAGGAAGAAGGCCUUUUCCACAUGUGGCUCCCACCUUACUGUGGUGAGCAUCUUCUAUGGGACUGGCGUCUUCAACUACAUGAGGCUGGGUUCCGUGGAGGCUUCAGAUAAGGACAAAGGCAUUGGCAUCUUCAACACUGUCAUCAGCCCCAUGCUGAACCCACUCAUCUACAGCCUGAGGAACCCUGAUGUGAAGGGUGCCCUGCGGAGGAUGUUUACAGAGAGGUAG